AUGGCUCCGUUGAAGCUCAUCAUAGACACGGAUCCUGGCAUCGACGACAGCAUGGCGAUCCUGGCCGCAUUCCACAGCCCUGAGGUAGAGAUCAUAGGUCUCACCACCAUCUUUGGAAAUGUCCCUGUCGCCCAGGGCGCCCUGACAUCGCUCAAAGGUGUCGCCAAGGAGCGCAUCGCAGACUUUGUGCAUGGCAGUGAUGGCUUCGGCAAUACAGACCCCGAGUUUUCUCAGGAGGAGCCGCUGCCCAUCUCAGCUGCCCAGUUCAUCGUGGAGUGUGCCGCAAAAUGGCCUGGGGAGGUGGUGGUGCUGGCCCUGGGACCGCUGACAAACGUAGCGCUGGCCAUACACCUGAAUCCAGACCUGCCGCAGCUGCUGCACAAGGUUGUUGUCCUUGGCGGCGCCUUCUUCGUCAACGGCAACGUCAACCCGGCAGCGGAGGCCAACAUCUUUGGCGACCCCGAUGCUGCCAACGUCGUCUUUGCAAAGGCGCCCAACUGCUGGGUGGUGGGCCUGGACGUGACCCACCAGUGCCAGCUCUCUCGCCGCCAGCUGGACGGCUUGCAGGGCGUCGGCCGGCACGGCUCCUUCCUCUCCGCCAUCUCCCAGUUCUACCUCUCGUACCACAAGCACGUUGGCCUGUCGUCCUACGGCAUGGAUGCCGUGUUUGUGCAUGACGCUGCCGCACUCAGCGCGGUGCUGCGACCGGAGCUCUUCCAGUGGCACGCGGGAGCGGUGCUGGUGGACACCGAGGGCGCCUUCCGGGGCCACACCCUCGUGGAUGAAGGGAAGAAGGAGUGGGUGGGGAUGAACGAGUGGCAGACCCGGCCCAAGAUCAAGGUGGCCCUGAGCGUCGACGCCAAGGCGCUGACAGACCUCGUGCUCCAGCGCAUGAGCCAGUGA